AGGCCAGACGGUUUAAACACACAAACGGACUGAAAGCAAAUACUCGAACAAUUUGAUGGUUAUAAAUGUGUUCUCUGUAGCAAAGUGUGUCUCCAGUUGUCUACUUAGUCAUGGGUUUGCAGCAACUUUUUGAAUGUGUAAUUCACCAUGUUCAUGCAUGUAAAGUUUGGGAGGUCUUUUGACGGAGAAAGCGCGAGAUCUGAACCGUUUUAUGCAACAUACAGUUAAUUGCAUUAAGUCGAUAGCAUAUCAAUCUGCCUUUAAUUUCUAGGAAAGAACGUGACCCAAUUUUUCUGUGUUUAUUUUUGUGCUUGUAUGAUAUUAACAAUAGUUGUAAUCGCAAGUCGUGUGCACGAUGUGGGUGGUUAGUAAAGCAAAUUAAAGUUCAGUUUACUUGAAUUGAAAAACUACAAAAGAAAAUGUCAACAUUCAGUCCAAAUUAGUAUUGCAUUGUCGUCAAAGAUUGCGUCAGAAAUCGAACCUGGCAUCAGGACUAUAUAUAGCUAGAAUAUGACAAGGCUUGAGUAAUUAGCCCUGCCUACCGCUUACAACGUUUGUAAGCUGGCUACUCAAGAGCAACGCUGUUAGUCCUCGACAAAGUUCUCUUUGCAGCCACAAAAACUCCUAAAGAGCUUGCUCGAUCAGAGACCACAACUCGGAAGAUAAGUUAUCCGUGCCCCGUGAAUCAAAUUGGGCAAUAGCCACUUUCUGUAACAAGAAAUGCAACUAUUCGAUCGUCAACCCUCUUUAUAUCAGUUCCCAUGCCGGAUCCCAGUGUAGCCUGCGAGCAGACUCUAGUCGGUCUGGGUUUUUCGGACUCAAGUACUAGUCUCUGGGUUUUCGCUUUGGCGCGCAACCGAGUUUAAGAACGACGUUAAGGGAGGGUUAGUGGUGGGGGCUAGAAACUACGUGUGUGUCUCUCGCGGCCACGCUCGCGCCACCAGCUCGCGCCCCCAUCCCAAACACGAGAGCCUCCCCUGUCACACCCGGGACGAGCCCAGGGUGGGGGAGGAACCGUAGGCAGUGAGCCGUCCAUAUAUUUCUCCAUUCGGUCAUGUGCUGUGCCUAUCAGUCGAAGGAACUGUAAUUACUAUUAAGGUUCGAUGAUGGGUAACGAAAGCCAGGAAUGGAAUGGCGGUUUUACACGGCAACCCUAUAUCGGAUGGCGGGUGCAAAGGCCGACUCCUGCUGGAGGCUAAGGGCUGAAAGAGAGACAGGUUGAAAUUCUACUGCAGGAGAAAAAUGUAAAAAAAGUAAACAUUAUGUGACCAAAACUUCUUGACUUCACUGGUACUUUUCUGGUCAUCGGGAUCGCCUGGUCCCUAGUAAGACCUGUUCCUCCUUCGUCUCGUCUAAGCCCAAAGAGUCUGGAACGAGAAUGACAAUUCAAGAUGGCGGACGAAACAGAAAAAUCUGAUCAACAGAGAGUGUUGCGAGUGAAUCAGCUGGAUGCAGCUCAGCUUGAUGAAGAAGUUAUCCAUCUUCUGCGAUCUCAACUGAACAAAGCGUUCCAGUAUUUCGAGGUUGGUGUUCUAACAAAAUAUGAAGCUGAACUUAAUGGACUCCUGAGAUUUCUUGUUUGGAGGAUUUGGAGAUGUAUUAAUGCUGGAGAAAAACUACUUCAGGCCCUCUCUGUCCUUAACUUCCUCGUAUUUUUACAAAAAGGAAAAUAUCCUUCAGUUCUUGAGCGUGUUCUUGGUAUUCACCCAGUAUUUGCUCAGCGACAAUCAAUCAGACAAGUCAGUUUUGAAUUUAUGACUCGGGAGUUACUUUGGCACGGAUUUGCAGAAUUUGUCUUCUUUCUCCUUCCACUUAUCAACAUUCACAAACUCAAGAACUUGAUAGUCAGACGGUUCUCAAGUCCGGCCUCUCUUGUCAAGCAGCCGUCAAUCAAAGUUGCGUGCCACGAAUGUGGUAUUUGUAACGAGCCCCCCACUGCGCCUCAUCAGGGACAGUGUGGUCACGUGUUCUGUUACUACUGUAUCAAGGCUAACAGCCUAGCGGACCCUUCCUUCCCGUGUCCGUUAUGUGGAGCAGCUGUUGGGGAUGAAAUAACCCCUGUGGAAUGUACAGUCGCUCUGGAAGUAACAUGAAAAUGCCAGGACCACUUAGAGGGACGCUCCUUUAUGAAAAGCACGAGUUAUGAUCGAUUUGCCGAAUGACACUCGAGCUGUCAGGCUCCACCCGAUGUAUUUGUCGGCUGGAUAAGUAACUGCCGAGGCUCUGAUGUUUCUUUGAACCAAAGCGUAACCUCCUGGAUGUAAAGCGACUCAACUGGUUCCCAGACUCAACGUCGAUCAACUGAGAAAUUUCGCGACGGGACAAGAACGGGAUAGAAUCUCGAAAAAGUUUUUCUUUACAGACCAGUUUAUGGGCUCGUAAAAGACGCGUUUGGUAUAUUUUAAGGUGAAUAAAUUGUACAGAUGUUCAA